AUGGUAAAGAAGCGACGAAAAUUCGAUGGAGUUCCUAGAGAAGUCCAAGCCUAUUAUAAAAAAUUUAUCAAGAAAACAUCAUUGACAUCUCUUAAUGAUAUUCAAAAAGUUUCCGAAAAUUGUUUACCAACUAUACUGAAUACUAAUUUAAGAGACUUAAUAUGGACAAUUUCUUUGUCUAUGUGGGUCGGCUUUAAUUGUAAAACUUUAAUUGAUAAUAGUGAACAACAAAUUGUUGAUUAUUUACCGCAAAUAAAUGCCGCACCAGGUCGUUCCGUAACCCUUGAGACAUUGCAGUAUGCUCAAAAAAUAGCAAAAGAAUGUAAUCAAGAGCAUAUUAUUCUCACCUAUGAUUUAGGAAUAGCUAAGUCAGCUAUGGAAAUUCAAAUUACAGACAGUCCUGAAUUUGAUAAUAUUUUUAUUAAUUUGGGUGUUUUUCAUAUUGAAAUGGCAUUUUUUAAAGCUAUUGGCAAAUACAUCGAUGGCUGUGGUUUAAUUGAUAUUUUAGCACAAGCAGAAAUUUUAGCUGAAGGCUCUGUUACUGGCUUUAUUGGAGGAAAACAUUUUAUCCGUUUGUAUUGGCCAGGACUUUUCCCUGUAAUGUUUUUAUGGAAUGAGGAAUGGUAUAGACCUUUAGUGUUAUAUGAUAAAUCUGCGGCAUGA